GUGGCCGUGGUCCCGGAAGGUGGUUUCUGGCCCGCGCUGCAGCUGUUGAGUAUUUCUGUUGUUAAUUCUGUUAAUAACAAGAAGUCUUCGGGGAUGAUUCCGGAUUCUUGGUAUCUCUGUGGGGCCUCCUUACAAGAUCUUCCGCCAGACUUCAGAUUACUUCGUCCACACAUCUCUGACUGAUUUCAUAGAGAACCAGUAAGCUUCUGGUUGCUGAGAGAACAGGGUCGAGACCCAGGGUGACCAUGUCAAGCAACUGUACUUCAACUCAGGAAGCUACAUCUUUGGCACCAGGGGAUCGUGGAAGCUUGUGUGAGAGAUCAGUGUCCUUCAUGGAUGUGUCUAUAGAUUUCAGCAGAGACGAAUGGCAGCACCUAGACCCCGGUCAGAGAAGCCUCUACAGGGAUGUGAUGCAGGAGACCUACAGUCACCUACGCUCAGUAGAAGAAUUGCAGCAAAUUGGUGGCCAGAAAGAGACCUGUCAGCAAAUAGAAAAUAAAUCGGCAAGUGAUGUUAUCUUCAUCAAGAAGACACUGGAUACAAAGAGUCAUUGUGGAUCUAAGGUCAUUAGAAAAAUAAUUCAUGUGAACCCGUACAUUGUUCUGCCUCCCAAAAGACCCCAUCAGUGUGACUCACUUGGGGAUGAUCUGAAGCAUAAUUUAGAAUUACAGAGUCAUAAUGAAAAUAACGGGCCAAAGAGAACUAAAAAGAUUACUGAAUAUGAUAAAAUUUCAUCUUAUACCAAUGCUGACCAUACUUUAACAGGAAAGAAAUUAUGGGACCAAAAUCAAUGUGGAAAAGCCCUCAAUUAUGAACAAGUACCUUAUCAAUAUCAGAAAAUUUAUAUUGGAGAGAAUUCAUAUGAAUGUGCUGAAUUUGGAAAGCUCUCCACCCAGAAGUCACAGUUCAAAGUACAUGUGAAAUCUCAUACAGGAGAAAAACUUUAUGUAUGUGUUGAAUGUGGGAAGGCAUUCUCACAGAAGCCAGAAUUCAUUACACAUCAGAAAACCCAUACUAGAGAAAAACCCUAUAAAUGCAAUGACUGUGGAAAGUCCUUUUUCCAAGUCUCUUCUCUCUUCAGACAUAAGAGGUUUCACACUGGAGAAAAGCUCUAUGAAUGCAGUGAGUGUGGGAAAGGCUUCUCCUACAACUCAGACCUCAUUAUUCAUCAGAAAAUCCACACAGGAGAGAGACAUCAUGCGUGCACUGAGUGUGGCAAAGCCUUCACUCAGAAGUCCACACUCAAGAUGCACCAGAAGAUCCACACAGGAGAGAGAUCCUACAUAUGUAUCGAGUGUGGACAGGCUUUCGUCCAGAAGACACACUUGGCUGCACACCGAAGAAUUCACACUGGAGAGAAGCCAUUUGAGUGCAGUUACUGUGGAAGGUCCUUCAUUUCCAAGUCACAGCUCCAGGUCCACCAGCGAAUUCACACAAGAGUGAGGCCCUGUCUGUCUGCUGAGUAUGGGGAAAUCUUAAGCGGUAGUUCCAACCUCAUUGCACAUAAAAAAGCUCAAGUAAGAGAGAAAUCUUCCAUCUGCACGGAAUGUGGGAAGGCCUUUACCUAUAAGUCAGAAUUAAUCAUUCACCAGAGAAUUCACACCGGAGAGAAACCUUAUCAGUGUAGUGACUGUGGAAAAGCCUUCACCCAGAAGUCAGCUCUCACAGUGCACCGAAGAAUCCAUACAGGAGAAAAAUCAUAUGUGUGCAUGAAAUGUGGGCUGGCUUUCAUCCAAAAGGCACACUUGGUUGCACACCAGAUAAUUCAUACUGGAGAAAAACCUUAUAAAUGUGGUCAUUGUGGAAAACUCUUUACGUCCAGGUCCCAACUCCAUGUACACAAACGAAUUCACACAGGGGAAAAACCAUACAUGUGCAGUAAAUGUGGGAAAGCAUUCACUAACAGGUCAAAUCUCAUCACACAUCAGAAAACACAUACAGGAGAAAAAUCCUAUGUGUGUUCAAAAUGUGGAAAGGCCUUCACUCAGAGGUCAGACCUGAUGACACACCAGAGAAUUCAUACCGGAGAGAAACCAUAUGUCUGCAGUACCUGUGGGAAAGCCUUUACUCAGAAAUCACACCUCAAUAUACACCAGAAAAUUCAUACUGGAGAGAGACAGUAUGAAUGCCACGAAUGUGGAAAAGCCUUCAAUCAGAAAUCAAUACUGAUUGUGCAUCAGAAAAUUCAUACAGGGGAGAAACCCUACAUAUGUACUGAAUGUGGGAGAGCUUUCAUCCGAAAGUCAAACUUCAUCACCCACCAAAGAAUUCAUACUGGAGAGAAACCUUACGAAUGCAAUGACUGUGGGAAGUCCUUUACUUCUAAAUCUCAGCUCCUGGUGCACCAGCCAAUCCACACAGGGGAGAAACCUUAUGUGUGUGCCGAAUGUGGGAAAGCCUUUAGUGGCAGGUCAAAUCUCAGUAAGCACCAAAAAACUCACACAGGGGAGAAACCGUACGUCUGUUCGGAAUGUGGGAAGACCUUCAGACAGAAGUCAGAGUUGAUUACACAUCAUAGAAUUCAUACUGGAGAGAAGCCUUAUGAGUGUAGUGACUGUGGGAAAUCUUUCACUAAGAAAUCACAGCUUCAAGUACAUCAGCGCAUUCAUACAGGAGAGAAGCCUUACGUGUGUUCUGAAUGUGGGAAGGCCUUCACUGAUAGGUCCAACUUAAAUAAACACCAAACAACACACAGUGGAGAUAAACCUUAUAAGUGUGUAAUCUGUGGAAAAGGCUUUGUUCAGAAGUCGGUGCUCAGUGUGCAUCAGAGUAUUCACACUUAAACAUUAUGAGGAAAAACUCACUGAGGUCUUACUGUAAUCAUUGUUUCUGUGAAAUGGGAUACUAUGUAUAUUAUUGUAAAUAAAAAUGCCCAUGUGUCAGUGCUACACAUUACUGCUCAGAAAAGGACCCCAGAGAAGGUACCUAAAGGGAUUAUGGAGAAGGACCUUUCUACAUGCCAAGAAGAAACUGCAUCCAUUUGAUACAAUAGAAACUUUCUCAUGAAAAAUUCAGUGGCACACAAUUACCAAGUUCUUCCCAAGGAUGACUGUUAACUCAUGUUAAUGAGAAUACUGUUGGUGGGAUAGGUAUAGUGCCCACUAAUUGAAUGAAAAAACCAUGUAAUAUACAUGAUGGUGAUAGUCUUUUUUUUCUGUCAGUUAUUUGUUGCAAACAUUAACAGACCUGUGGGUGUGUUUACAUUCUUGGUGGAGUCUAACAUAUCUAUACAUACCCAGUACUUCUGCUGAGAGACAUAUACUACAGGACAGGGCAUGGCAUUUCAUGUCUGUAAUUCCAGCCUUUUGGAAGGGCAGAGGCAGGAGGGUCACCAUGACUUCAAGGCUAGUCUAAGCUACAGGGUAAGACCCUAUCUCAAAAAUGAGAAAGACCACAAUAAAAACAUAUACUAACAAAAACUUCAGAGUGUAAGUGGAUUCUCAUUGUCAUUUAUACCAGGACCUGUAACCCACUUCCUAAGGUACCAGUUGUCAGUGUUACAGCUCUGGAGGGAAGGAUUAUUCUGGCCAUCAAAAGCCAGGCUAUACCUACAGCUCAAAAGGGAAAGGUAUCCUGGCUGUUAGAAGCCAGACUAUACCUGUAAAUGUUACAGCUCUGAAGGGAAAGAUAUCCUGGCCUUCAGAAGCCAGGCUAUACCUCUAAGUGUUAUAACUGAAGAGAAAUGUAUCCUGGUUAUCGGAAGAAGUAUCUAUAACUCUGAAGGGAAAGGUAUCCUGGCCGUUGGAAGCAUUGUUCUGAUAGUUUCCGCAUAGGAAUGUAGCAGUUCUGCUCCUCUCUGGGAGAGCGGUUAGUUGUCUGCUCCACUCUGCUAAGGGAGUUUCCCCACAGAAUGUAGCAGUUCUGCUCCUGUUCUUGCAAAAGUUGUUACUUCCGCUCCACUCUACUCCAGAGAAAGAAGGUCAUCCCUUAAACCUCUUUGAGAAGAUUUAUUGGGAGAGCAAAAUCCAGAAGUUUGGCUGCCUCUGCUGGGGUGGAAAAGGGCAACUCCCAACUGAAUAGAUAUAGGGCUUAUUUAGGGCUUCUUAGGGGUGGAGUUUUUUAGGGUGGGAAUUGGUCGGAUUUCAGUCCCUGAGCUUGACAACCUCAGAGAUUGGCUGGUUUUGUGCUCAGGGAUUGGUUGGUUUUGUGCUGAGUUGGUCAGGGCAGAGUAUGUUUCUUUGGCUCUGGUUUCAUGGCCAAAGUGUGUUUCUUUUGCUGGCUCUGAUUUCAGGGCCAGUUAAUUGGCUCUGGUCUCAGGAUCAGGGUGUAUUUCUUUGGUUCUGGUUUCAGGGUUAGGGUGUGGUUUUUUUUGGCUGACCUUUGCACCCUACACCAGUAAUAUCACCAAUAAUUACUUUCUGUUGACUGGGUGGUGGUGGCGCAUGCCUUUAAUCCCUGCACUUGGGAGGCAGAGGCAGGCAGAUCUCUGUGGGUUCGAGGCCAGCCUGGUGUACAAGAGCUAGUUCCAGGACAGGCUACAAGGCUCCAAAAGCUACAGAGAAACCCUGUCUCCAAAAACUAAAAAACCCAAAAACUUAAAAAAAAAAUGUUCUCAGGGCCCUGAAGGCUAGAAUAUUGGCCAGAGGCAAUGAGGAAAUUUAGAAGUAUAUGAUUUAUUGACAAGCUGAAAAGACAGCAAUCCCAUUGUUUGGAUUGGCCCAUAUCAGGUUUUAGCAAGUCCAGGACUUAUGGUUAUUUGGAGAAGUUUAUCAGCAAUUGAUGCUAGAGUGUGUUUGUCAGCCAAAUGGAAACCUGUUAAGACAUAUACAAACUGGGAACAGAAGUUAAAAUGUAUGAACUCAUCUGAAACUUAUAGUCUCAGUAAUUGAGGAUGGGGAAGGGUCCUAAGACCAGGAGAGAGAAAAUACCAUAAUCCUUUUAACUUGUGAGAAGUGAAGUAAAACAUUCCACAGCAUUCUUCCACAAUAAUCCCUGAGCCUUAAAAGGACAGGGUGUGAUACGCAUGUUCCAUUUGAGGAUGAGAAUUCUGCCCUUUUUUGUCCUUUUUGCUCUGUGCUUUGGCCAGUUGUGGAUGUUUGUAUUAAUCACAUAUACAGCAAACAGAAACUUCUCUGAUGAGCAUUAAGAGAUGCCUUAUCUAUUGCUGUGGGACAAUGGUUUUACCAGGUAAACAUUUGUUUCUUGUACUUGUUUAAUAAAACACUGAUUG